ACUAUAUUUGCGAGAUGUCUGGACGCGGCAAACAGGGCGGCAAGGCUCGCGCCAAGGCCAAGACCCGCUCCUCCCGGGCCGGCCUGCAGUUCCCCGUGGGCCGCGUUCACCGCCUCCUCCGCAAGGGCAACUACGCCGAGCGGGUGGGCGCCGGCGCCCCGGUGUACCUGGCGGCCGUGCUGGAGUACCUGACGGCCGAGAUCCUGGAGCUGGCUGGCAACGCGGCCCGCGACAACAAGAAGACGCGCAUCAUCCCGCGCCACCUGCAGCUGGCCAUCCGCAACGACGAGGAGCUCAACAAGCUGCUGGGCCGCGUGACGAUCGCGCAGGGCGGCGUCCUGCCCAACAUCCAGGCGGUGCUGCUGCCCAAGAAGACCGAGAGCAGCCACAAGGCCAAGGGGAAAUAACUUCCUUUGUUUAGUUCUAACGCAAAUCUAAGGCUCUUUUCAGAGCCACCACAUUUUCUAAAAAGAGGCUUGACAUCUACCUUUGUCAUCAAGUGGAACACAGAUAUGCGGAAACAAACACCACCGUUAUACUCUCAGCAAACUAGGUUCAGUAAAUUAGUUGGAACACUUUCGGUCCCCUAUUUGUGUCCGGACUCGUCUCGUGGCUUUCAAGUACCAAUGUUGCGGGCAUAAUAACAGGAUUAGAGGUGAAACCUGCCAGUCUGGUUCCCAGGGCAGUGCACAAAGCUUACUCCUAUCUAAAGUCUAUAAGGGUACAGUUUCCGAAGGUAGGGCACUCGGUGUUUCGGAUUUGGCGGUCUAUGCCUAAAGACUCACUAGUUCACGCUAGGGUCAGGCUUUUGGUUUCCUUAUAUGUCACGGAGAGGUCUGCGUGGCUAUAUCCUCGGCAAGUAAUAGUCUGUGAAACCACCUACCUCCACCUCCAUUGUGAGAUUUAUGCCUUGACAAGGAGAUUUAUGUAAACUUAAGGCAGUGGUGGCACAUGCCCUUUUAAUCUCAGCUCAUGGGAGGCAGAGACACGCGGAGGACAAGCUGGUCUACUGAGUUCUAGGAU